AUGCUGGGAUCAGAUGAUGCCUGUUGCUGUGGUUCCGUUGAUGACUGGCUCUUCUUUGUGCAUCGUAAUGGUGGGUGCUCACUGAUGAACCCUUUCUCCAAGGCCACAAGGGACCUUCCUAAGCUAGACAUCGAGUGGUUCAAUCCAAGCUUCAGAUAUGAUUCUUAUUUUACUAAGCUGGCAGUGCCCUCGCCCAUGCAAUCAUCACCAGGUUCUUUUGUUGCUGCGCUGAUCUUGGAUGGUGGUGGUACAAUUCAAGCACAACUCUACGUUUCAUUUGCCACGAGCAAUCCAAUGGCUGUAACCGACGCAAAAGCAAAGUACACACAGCUGGAGCAGGAGACGAGCGAAAGGACAGCUUUCAGCCGCAGCAGCCUUUUCCCUCGCCCGCAGCAGAGCAGAGCAGCCAUGGCGGCUCCGCCGUUCCACCUGCCCCUCCUCCUCGCCUUUCUGCUCCUCUCCACCGCCACCGCCACCGCCGCCGCCCACUCUCAGCACCUCCAUCACCACGGCCACGGUCCCCAUACCCACCACCACCACCGCUCCCCGUCCAUGAUGACGGCCACUGCCCGCCUCGACACCGCGCCAUCCAUGCACCAGAACCGCAUGGAGUCGGAGUCGGAGGAGACCCGCCAGUCGCUGCGCGUCCUCAACCCCUUCUUCACCACCGUGGCCGCCCAGGCUCCCUCGGGCGAGGACGCCAUGGCGGCGAUGGGCGCGGCCGCGGACGCCGCGGACACCACGCGGCUCGACCUUCCCUCGCCUCCCCCUCCCCUCCUCGCCGCGGUGGAUCCGAUGCCGUCCUCCCUCGCGCCGCUGCAGCCGCAGGCUGAGGAGGCGGGGUCGUCCGAGUCGGAGCCCGCUGCUCCUCCUCCCGUCGUCGACGAGCCGUACCGCGACGCGACGAGCCCUCCGCUUCCUCCACCCGUCGUCGCCGAGCCGUUCCGCGACGCGACGAGCCCUCCGCCUCCUCCUCUCGUCGUCGUCGAGACGUACCGCGACGCGACGAUCCCUCCGCCUCCUCUCGUCGUCUACGAGGCGUACCGCGACGCGGCGAGCCCUCCACCUCCUCUUCCCGUCGUCUACGAGACGUACCGCGAUGCGGCGAGCCCUCCGCCUCCACCUCCCGUCGUCGACGAGCCGUACCGCGACGUGGCGAGCCCUCCGCCUCCCGUCCACGACGACGCUGCGCGGGUGGUGUCCUCGAGCACGGGCGACGACCUCGGCCUGCAGCAGAUCGCCAAGGUGCUCGCGUCGCUGGGGUACAACGAGAUGGCUUCGUCGGCCACGCUCCUCGCCGACACGGCGUCCGUCGCGGCAUGGCCCGGGGCGAUCACCGUCUUCGCGGCCCCCGAUGCCUUCCUCCAGCACUCCUGCCCUGAGUGCUUGCGAGGCCACCUCCUCCUCGACCACAUGGCCCUGGGCUACUUCCCCUACGCCGAGCUCGCUGCCGCGCCCGCGAUGAAGCUCCCGUCGGCCUCCGUCGGCUUCUGCCUCGACGUCGCCGCCCAGCCACAGCGCGGGCCCUUCUCCGUCCACCACGCCAGCCUGUACGUCAACGGCGUCAUGGUCUCGGAACCUGAGCUCUACGACGAUGGCCGCUACGUCGUGCACGGGCUCCACGGCUUCAUCCCGCCGCUCUCCCACGCCUCCUGCGUCGACGACGACGACGCGCAUGCACAUCCCAACCACCAAGUCCACCUCCACCAGCACCGCCGCCACCACCACCUCAGCGCCAGAUCGGCAGCCACCUCGGCCGCGACCGCCGCCUCCGUCGUGCGCAUCAUGAUCCGCGAAGCCAUAUCCCGCCUCCGCGACAGCGGCUUCGGCUUCGUGGCGCUGGCCAUGCGCGUCAAGUUCGCCGAGCUGGAGAAGCUGUCCAACCUCACGGUGUUCGCGCUCGACGACCAGGUCAUCUUCACCGGUGGAGGCCACGGCUACGUCUCGGCGGUGCGCUUCCACAUCGUCCCCGGGCACCGCCUCACCCGCGCCGACCUCCUGCUCCUCCGCCCCGGCACCGUACUUCCCACCCUGGCGGGCGAGGACCAGAAGCUCGUCAUCACCCUCGGCGCCGGCUCCGCCACCGACGAGGUCCGGAUCAACUACAUACCCGUGAAGGAACCAGACGUGGUGAUCAACUCGCGCGUCGCCGUCCACGGCAUCUACCUUCCGUUCCCACGCCUUCACCUCGCCAACCUCGCCGCCUCAGUGGCCGUCGCCUCCGAUCUCCAGACGAACGACAGCUGCGGCGUCGGGGGACCCUUCGGCGACUGCGCCUCCACACCGAUGACCUCUGCGACGAUCCCAGCUGAUCCGGGCUACGGCGAUGGGCAGUGAUGCGUGAGCCUGUCCGUUCUCUUCUUCUGAGUUUCUUAGCAACUAGUAGGAUUUUGGCUUCGCAGUUUGGUUGUUAGAUGAGGGAUGAGAAUUUGGUAGUCGGAUACUACUCGGAUUGGUGCAUGUUCAUGUCGUCGCGUGAUGAAAUGUCGCACUGCUGCAUGGUGAAUGAAUUCUUGAUGGAACUUUAUGUGGCGAUGCUGUUUUGCAUGCUUUUGCUGUUCAACUCU